UGCAUGGAAGUUGGUGCUCAGAUUGUUGUUCUUUUUUUGUUCUAGUACUGUUUCUUAUUUAUCAGUAAUUUUAAGUUUGGAAACUUUAAAAAAAGUUUUCAUCUCUUGUAAUAAUGAGUUACUCCACCUGGACUCAUCUUUAUUUGGGGAUUUAAGUGCUGUUUUAGAACAGACUGAAUAUAGUACAUUUUGACCGAAAAUAUGGAAUUUUCUUUUCAAAUUCACCUUUUUACAGCUUUUGUCUCCUGUAUUAAGGUUUAUGCUCAAGUGGUACAACCUGCAAAGCAUCCAGGCCUGGAGGUGUUGUCCACGGCCUCACAUUAUUGGCCUCUCGACGCUGUGGAUGGAAUCCAUGAGCUGUGGGACCAGAUUGGAAACAGACCAGGUUAUGUUAACGGAAGUAACAUAACUCUCAGAAUCCACAACCACACUGUGCUCCCUUCCUCCCAUAACUCUUCCUAUGUGUAUACCAAUGACUCUGCCUACACUAACAUUUCUGCAACAGUAGAUAUUGUUGAGGGAAUGGUCAACAAAGGCAUCUUUCUAGAUGGAGAUAACGGCGGUACCUUUCUCCACUUUGGAAACUACCAGAACUCUUGUAUUAGUGACCCUAUAUGGUGUGGUCCGGAGGGGAUUACCUUCUCCUUUUUCUGGAAAAACCAAGAGGUAGAGUCCCGUUUUGCUGUAUCCUCUGGAGGGAAAGUUAUCUCCAAUGGCUUCUCUGUCUACACCAAUCCCAUUGGAGGAUAUGUGGAGUUUUACACGAGAGGCAACAACCAUCGAUGGAAGGCCAACAUUAAAGUCCCAGGGCCUUACUGGACCCACAUUCUCUUCACAUGGACAAAAAAGGAUGGUCUGGAGGUCUACAUCAACGGGACCUUCACUGCUGGUGACAGAGCUGGCAGUGUCUCAGAGACCUAUGGUAACCUCUAUCCUGACCUUGUCAUUGGAACUGGCAAUGACAGAGCAUAUGGUCACUUUGUAACCGGCGCCUUCGAUGAGUUUGUCAUCUGGGAAAGGGCCCUUCCUCCGAACGAGAUCUUGCUCUACUACAGUGCAGCCGUAGGCCAGGCUAUGGUUUCUGCCACAACACCCAGAGUCUCCAAAGAAGUCACUUCAACUGCACCAACCGCCAGCGCCCCUGAAGUGAGUCCUCCUGUCGUCAGCAGCCAGCAAGAGGAGGCCCGAAGCUCCCAGGGUCCGGAGUCCUUGCCGGUGUUGGGCUUCCUUAAGGCGCUGCCCAAUAGGACCAUUCCUCACAACACUGCCAACAACCUCACACAGGCUUUUCUCAAAAGUGUGGAAGAAGUGCUGUCCUCUCCGGGGUUGCCAGAGCAGUCCAUCCCUGUGGUCAGCGGUCUGAUCGAGACUGUGGACAGAGUGAUGGAACAUAUGGUGACUAACCUGGAGCCCAGCCCAAACUCCCUCAUCUCCCUCGGUGGAACAUCUUUUGUUGCAGACUACUCGCUGAUGAAAUUCCCGCAGAACUACAACGUGCCACAUUAUCGCUUCCCUACUCAAGGCAAGAAUUACAUCUCAGUGCCUGGAGAGGCUUUCACUUUGCAGUCUCAAACCACCAUCGUUGGCCUCUUCUACCACAACAUGCACAGCUACUUCAAAGAGAUCAGCCCCGUCAAGAACCGAAUUAAAGCAGCAGUUGAUUUUAAGGAUCACAUGAUCCAGGUAGCAAGCUGUCUGAUCUCUCUGAAAGUGGAGCCUUCACCGGCCCUGUCAGUGAACCUCUCUGGAGCGCCACUCAUCAAGAUUGUCCUCACCCACAUCCUGACUAAAGAACAGCAAGAACAAGUCCUAAAUCAGAGCAAUAAAGUCUUCCUCUACUGUGCCUUCUUGGACUACAGUUCAAAUGAGGUGGUAUGGUCCAAUGAAGGUUGUGUACGCUCUGAUGGAAACAUGACAUACUCGGUGUGUUUGUGCAACCACCUCACCAACUUUGCCAUACUUAUGCAAGUGGUGCCAUUAAAGCUCACAACUGGCCACAGGGUGGCACUAUCAACCAUCGGUUAUGUCGGCUGCUCAAUUUCCAUCUUCUGUCUCGCCAUCACUCUGGUGACUUUUGCAGUUCUGUCCUCAGUGAGUACCAUCCGUAACCAACGCUACCACAUCCACGCCAACCUGUCCUUUGCCAUCCUGGUGGCUGAGAUCUUACUGCUCAUCAGCUCUCGCUUCGACCCGGGCACCUUGCCUUGUAAGGUGAUGGCUGUCCUGCUUCACUUCUUCUUUCUGAGCGCCUUCGCCUGGAUGCUGGUGGAGGGCCUCCACCUCUAUAGUAUGGUGGUCAAGGUGUUUGGCUCUGAGGGCAGCAAACACUUCUACUACUACGGCAUUGGCUGGGGCUCCCCAUUGUUGAUAUGUGUGGUGUCCAUGACAUCAGCUCUGAACAGUUAUGGCGAGGUUGACAACUGUUGGCUGUCACUGACGAACGGAGCCAUCUGGGCGUUUGUGGCACCGGCUCUGUUUGUCAUUGUGGUGAACAUUGGCAUUCUGAUAUCUGUGACAAGGAUCAUAUCUCGAAUCAGCGGAGAGAGUUACAAGAUUCAUGGAGAUGCCAAUUCAGUCAAGCUGACUGUGAAGGCAGUGGCUGUGCUCCUGCCCAUACUCGGCAUUUCCUGGAUCUUUGGAGUUCUCGCUGUCAACAAAAACUCUUUGUUGUUCCUGUAUAUUUUUGCUGUAUUCAACUCGUUACAAGGGUUCUUUGUAUUCUUGUUUCACUGUCUUCUUAACUCUGAGGUCAGAGCUGCUUUCAAACACAAAACCAAGGUGUGGUCUCUUACUAGCAGCUCCAUCCGAAACAUCAAUGUGAAGCAAUUCAACUCAGACAUUAUGAAUGGAAACAAGGAGGGCGUGACGCCCACCCAGAUGAACACGUGGGACAAAAGCACCAACUCGGCCAAUCGUAUCGACCUCUCCGCCGUGUAGAGUAAUUUCUGUCUGUGGCAGGAGAGCAAUUUGCAGCUCACGAGUGUAGAAUGACAAACACUGGCCAGAGUAUUCUCCCACUAUGUUAUGCAAUGAAUUGAACACUCACCCGUGAAAGUGAUACCAAAGGAGAUGUCGUCUAGUUGAAUUAUACCUUCACCUUUAAAGACAAACAGACUGUUAGGACUGUGCCUUUUUUUGUCUCAUAAAAACAUAUUGUGUUCCCAAAAACCAAAGCACUGACCUCUGAGGAAGUCAGUGAGAGUCUCAACAUCCAGCAGUGGAGCGCAGGGUCUGGUGAAAAUGCUCUGUGUAGUGGAGCGUCUGGGAUUGUCUGUUGCAUGGCCCUUCUGUAUAUUGCAGUUGAUUUACUAAUUGGCAAGAUUUUAGUUCAACAUUUUGGAAAACACUCUAAUUCCAUUUCAUGCUGAGAGAUGAAAAGAUGGAUACCACCUUUAUGUCUGUUCAGUGGAUAUUAGCCACUGCCAGCAGCUAAUUAGCUUAGUGUAGCACAAAGAAUGGAAACAGCUAAGCUGUCUGUAAAAAUCAACACAUAAUAUAACAAAACAAACAUGUAAAAAUGACACAUUAUGGAUGUGCCGGACUAGCUAUCUGUUUCCACUGUUUCCAGAAUUUGUGCCAAACUAACCUAAGAUAAUCUGCAGCUACAGCGGGAUGUUUAACGUACAGACGUGAGAGUAGUAGCAACCUUUUGUUCAAACUCUCUGCAAGAAAGCAGAUAAGCUUCAAUAAAGCAAUUCAAUCUGCUUUAAUUUACUUGCAGAAAAUGUAAUAUAAGAGAGAAUAAGUAAUGUCAGGGUCUGAUAGGUUACAAAAAGGCUAUAUAAACAGUAGGCUACAUUUUCCUUAAAUGUUGUCCUUAAAAAUAAAGAAAUAAUGAUUUUACGAGCUGUUAAGAGUAUUCAUUACCAUAAACGUCAAAUUGCUUAUUUUACGUGGAAGAACUUCUCCAAGAUUCACCUGGUUCAUGCAACCUUAAUCCAGUGUUGGGGUCAGCGAAACACAACAACUGCAUGAUAUCAAUGGAUGAAGCAGCAAUUGUAAUUCUGAUAUAAUGUAUUUAUUUAUUUUGUGAUUCUGUAUCAAUUCAUUUCUCACAGCUUAACAAUCGGUAUGUUCUCAUGUUAAAUUCUGUGUUUUUGUGUGUGUUUUCUCUCUUGAAAUGAACUGUGUGUGCAGUACCUCACAUCUUAGUUAGCUGCAGUAUGUUAUGCUUUUUGAGGAAUAGUCAAUACUGGUUGUGUGUUUUGGACACAAUUCUGUGAAGUUGUAUGGUGUCUUUAGCUAUUUCUGUUGCUAAUUUCUUUUACAUUUUCAUAUUUUUUGUGUACAGUGAAAUGUGUUCUACAACAGAGGGACUUGAUACGGUUGUUGCUCUCUUCUUAAAUACUGUGAGGAUGGAGGGAGAUGGCAAAUUUAAAAAAUGUCAUUGAUCUUACACUGUACCAACAUUAAGUUUCCUGAAGCAGGAUUUACUGUAAGUCACUCUGCGCUCACUUUUCAUGUCAAAUGUAAUGUUCAAUAUUUCUAUGCUUUUAAGGUCUUUAAUGAUUGUUGUUUUAUGGUACUAUGGUUUGUGCUUCCAAUUAUCUUGAUUAAAAAAUGUUUAUGACAAUAA